AUGUGAAGAUUGAAGAAACAUUCACAGUCAAACAGGAAGAUCUGCAGGAACAAACAGACCUAGUUAAAGAGUAUGAGAGGAGUAAAGAGGAGGAACAUCAUGUCAAAAUUGAAGACAAAACUCAUUUAGAGACUGAUGAUAUUUUAAAAAUGAGAGACAAGCGUUGUUUUACCUGCAAUCAGUGUGGGAAGAGUUUGGCAAACAGAAACAAACUAAAGAUCCACAUGAGGAUCCACAAUAGGGAGAAACUAUUCACAUGCACUCAGUGUGGGAAGAAUUUCGACCAAUCAUCAAACCUUAAUCAACACAUGAGGAUCCACACUGGAGAGAAACCAUUCACAUGCACCCAUUGUGGGAAGAGUUUCAGCAACUCAGCAAACCUUAAUCAACACAUGAGGAUUCACACUGGAGAGAAACCAUUCACAUGUACUCAGUGUGGGAAGAGUUUCAGCCAAUCAUCAUACCUUAAUCAGCACAUGAGGAUCCACACUGGAGAGAAACCAUUCACAUGCAGUCAGUGUGGGAAGAGUUUCAGCCAAUCAUCAUCCCUUAAUCUACACAUGAGGAUACACACUGGAGAGAAACCAUUCACAUGUACUCAGUGUGGGAAGAGUUUCAGCCAAUCAUCAAACCUUAAUAUACACAUGAGGAACCACACUGGAGAGAAACCAUUCACAUGCCUUCAGUGUGGGAAGAGUUUUAGCCGCUCAACAUCCCUUAAUCAACACAUGAUGAUGCACACUGGAGAGAAAGAGUAUAUGUGCUUGAAGUGUGAGAAGACUUUUAUUACAGCUGCAAAAUUGAAACGCCACCAGAGGGUUCACACUGGAGAAAAACCGUACAAGUGUUCACAGUGCAGUAAGAGGUUUGCUCGCUCAGGAACCCUGAAAACACAUGAGAGGAUUCACACUGGAGAGAAACUGUAGACAUGAUCAGUGUGUACAAAGUUUCACUUAAUCAGGGCAGCUUAAGAAACACAUUGGAUGGUUUCUGGUAAGGCACCGACACAUGUAGCAGCAUAGAAAGAGCGCUUCCAUACACACUGGUAUUAAUCCUCCUUUUUACAUCAUAUAUAAUAACCUAAACCAUAUUUAAAUGACAUGGAGGAGGGACAAAAACAAAAAGGCUAGGACAAAACAACCAGUAAAUCCUGAAAAAAAUGAAAUUUACAGACAUCAAAGCCUUCCAGAAGAAUAUUAAAUCUGAUUUAACUGCCUUCCAAGAUUCUCUCACAAAAGAUGUGAAAAUGGAAUUAAGUAACUGUAAACAAGAAGUCAAUCAACAACUGGAUGACCUUAUCACGGACCUAAAUGCAACGACAGAAAAGGUCAACGAAGUGGGGCAGCGAGUUGGAGAAUUUUGGAGGAGAACAUUGCUGAGAUGAAAGAAAUGCUCAAUCAAUCCAUUCAAAUACAAGAAAAUUUAAAAGAGAAACUGUGAGAUCUAGAAACACACUCCCGUAGAAAUAAUAAUCAGAUUUUUGGAAUCCCGGAAGGAAGCAUUCUAAAUGAAAAGGGAAUUAAGUUCUAAACACCACCGCCGGCAAAACUUAAAAUCUUUUUGGUAAACGGGCCGAUCAUGUACAAUUCAAUGACGGAGGCAUCAAGAGAUCUGAAAGAAAAAGGACUGAUAAACAGCGAAUAAGAAACUAUUAUAGGAAUCCCUGGGAAAGAGAAACAAAGACCUUGGCAAAAGGUUGGAGUGACAUGGAAGAAAAGUAUGGAAAAACAUCAAGCGAAGAUCCGGGAAAAACUGUGAAUUUCAAAGGGACAACACUAGCUUUGUUUGAAAGGGUAAAACCUGACAGAUCCUGACAAAAAACUCUAAGAGACUGGUAAAUCUUCUUGACUUGAUUCACCGAUAAUGGACCAAGGUUAUAAUAGUUUUGGAUUUUUCAUUAGUUUUAGUUUCUAUUUCGUUUUGACUUUUUAUUUUAAUUUUUUUAUAAUGUAUUUAUUAAUUUUUAAGCAAAACAGAUACAACAACAAACAAGUGAACAGAACCUGGGGAGAAAGAAAAGAAAGAAAAAAAGGGGGGGGGGGCAUUAAUUAAAGUAGCGAUAUUGCAUCCUUGUUAAAUCAAUCCUCUGAUGAUUAUGGAGGUUAUGUUUAAACCCAUAUGUAACAAAAAUGGAUCCCACCUCUCAUGAAAUAAAACAUCUUUGCCAUGUAGGACACAAGUUAAGUAGGCAAACAGAAGGGGUGAGAGAGGGCAACCUUGUCUUGUUCCUUUCUCAAUUUUGAACAUAGAGGAUCUACAGCCAUUAGUGAGUACAGCACUAAAAGGCUCAUUAUACAAUAUUUCUACCCACUUAAUAAAUUGUUCACCAAGACCAAAUUUAUGUAACGUAUGGAAUAAAAAGGGCCAUUUGAUGCGAUCAAACGCCUUUUCCGCAUCUAAUGAGAUCACAAGACCUUCUACUGAUUGUUGUUUAGCAAAUUGAAUCACAUUCAAAAGACGUCGCAUGUUAUUUACCGAGUUACGGCCUACAAUAAAGCCGGUUUGGUCAUCCUUUACUAAUACAGGAAGAAAGCCUUCAAGGCGGGUGGCCAAAAUUUUUGAAAGGAUCUUCAGAUCUACAUUUAGCAGUGAUAUGGGGCGAUAUGACGGAACAGUACUCUGGUUGUUUUCCUUUUUUCAAAAUUAAGGAUAUAUUUGCCUCUCUCAGUGACUGUGGUAGGCGGCCUUUUCUAAAAGAGUCAUUAAACAUAUUUAAUAAUGGAUCCACUAAUAAGUCUUUGAAUUCCUUAUAGAAUUCACAACUAAGUCCAUCUGGACCAGGUGCUUUCCCAGAUUGUAAACUCUUUAUUGCUGCUAGAACCUCAUUUUUAGAUAUAGGGGCAUUAAGGGGUAAUGACUGAUCUUCGGAUAACGUGGGGAGAUUAAGUGUCGAGAAGAAAAGCUCUGUGGUUUGUGUUGUGUCCCCUUUUAGUUCUGAUUUGUAGAAAUUCUCAAAAGAAUCUUUAAAUGUAUUAUUAAUGAAUAUGCUGUCCAAAGAGUGUUUACCGUUACUGUCUAUAAUAGAUUGUAUAGAUUGAGAGUAAGAUUUUUUCUUUGUUAGGUGUGCUAAAUAUUUCCUAGCUUUAUCCCCAUGUUCAUACAUUUUCUGCUUAGCAAAGUGAAUUUUCACUUCUGCCUGUUUUGUUAAAAGAGAGUCUAACGCAGACCUUAGCGCCGUAAUUUCCUUUAGUUUAACAGGGCUUAGUUUAUUAAUGUAUGUUCUCUCAGCAUCCCUAAGCUUAGACUCUAAAAUCUCUUUUUGUUCCGCUUGUUUACGCCUUUUACUAUGUGUGUACUCUAUUAUAAUGCCUCUAGAAAAUGCUUUGGUUGUUUCCCAUAAUAAGGAUGAAUCUUCAGUUGAGACCGAUUUGAUGGACAUAAAAGUGUUGAAUUCCUCUGUAAAAUAUGUAAUAAAGUUAUGAUCAGCUAAUAUAAAUGGAUGAAAUCUCCAA